GGGAAGAAAAAGGUGUGAGGUGGUUGGCUAUGGUGGAUGGCUUAUGGAGCUGGAGGAGGAAGAAGGUGCGAGGUGGUUUGCUAUGGUGGAUGGCUAAUGGAGGUGGAGGUAGAAGGCGUGAGGUGGUUGGCUAUGGUGGAUGGGUGAUGGAGGUGGAGGAUAAAGAAGACGCCGUAGCCGCCGCCGAGGCUCAGCAGGCUGCGGCAGAGGCAGAACGUCAGCGGCUGGCCAAUGAGGCGACAGCCAAAGCUCAGCGGACAGCUGAGACUGACGAAGCGACACGAAACAGACGGAAUGCCGCCAGCGCGGAGUCCCUGAUUGCUAGUGAGCAUCAGUGGACAACGAUACUCCAAGGCAUGAUCUUUGUGCCUACGGAAACGCAGGCGGAGCCAACACAGGCGGAGGCAGAGAGAAGUAACCUGGCUACCGUGAUGUUGAACGUAAUGAGGGGAGUAAUGUGGAACAACAAACUACUGCAGGCAUACCUGCACGCGGAACGACAGCAAAGACAGCAGUACCAGCAAGACUUGGCCGCUGUAACGACUGGCGUCCGCGACGCAGCAAUGCAGCAGCAGCAACAGCAACAGUUGAUGAACUCUACCAUCGCACGCAUCAACGGCAUUGAGGCCAAGGCCUCAGCAGCGCCAGGCUGCACGAUGGACGAGACGAAGCAAAUCAACGAACGCAUCGAUCACGUCGUUACCAUCAUCGGCGACAUAGGUGUUUUCAACGGACCGGACACAAUCAGCAGCACGGUGGCCGCCAUCAAGACGGACAUCACCAAGCUACAGACGAGACCGGACGCCGCUACAAAGACGUUCAAGAUGCCGCACUUCGACAUCUGCAAGUUCGACGACUACAACAAGUCAGACACUUUGACAUGGUGGCAACGUUUCCUCACGGAAGCAUCAUGCCGCACUGUCCCGGCAAAUGACAUGUUGAAGGCACUCUAUUUGCAACUGAUUGGAGGAGCGCAGGCAUGGAUGAACCACCUGGCGGCCCCCCAACUGAUGUCUUUUGACAUCCUCGACACCAAGUUCGACAUGAUUCUAGGCAUGUCUUGGUUGCGUAGCGCUGAUCAUCCGGUGAACUUCCAUGACCGAACCGUUCACAUCCGUGAUCGGAACGGAGUGUUAGUCCCAUGUACGGUCGCGACCCCUCACACUUCGAUUGCUUGUCACGUGGUUUCCGUUGCGAGAAUUCGCGACGCCAUUGCUCGGAAUGACGUCGAGGAGAUGGGCCUUGUAUUCUUACAUGCUCUCCCCUCGCCGGACGGACCAGCCUCGUCACCGCCGGACCCACGCAUUUCUCACCUCUUGGACGAGUAUAGAGACGUCUUCGAGGCUCCCACCGGAACGGUUCCGGAUCGGCCCAUACGUCACGGGAUCACUCUCGAGGCUGGCGUCGUCCCUCCGCGUGGAUGUAUCUACCGCAUGAGCGAAGAGAAACUCGAGGUGCUUCGCGCACAGCUCGAUGACCUUCUCGACAAGGGCUGGAUUCGCCCUAGUUGCUCGCCAUACGGUGCACCUGUUCUCUUCAUCCGGAAGAAGAACAAAGAUCUACAGUUAUGCAUCGACUAUCGAAAACUUAACGCACAAACCGUAAAGAACGCCGACCCUCUCCCUCGGAUUGAUGAUCUCCUUGAGCGGUUAGGCGGCGCGACGUACUUCUCRAAGUUGGACUUGAAGUCAGGUUACCACCAGAUUGAAAUCCAGCCUCAAGACCGGUACAAGACCGCGUUCAAGACGUGGUACGGACAUUUUGAGUGGGUUGUCAUGCCCUUUGGCCUCACCAAUGCCCCCGCAACUUUUCAAGCAGCAAUGACGACUGAGUUUCGCAACUUACUCGAUCGCAGCGUCCUUAUCUACCUUGAUGACAUCUUGGUUUAUAGUAGGACGUUGGACGAGCACAUCGUACACCUUCGCGUUGUUCUGAAUCAUUUGCGACUAGCCAAGUACAAAACGAAUCUCGACAAGUGCGAAUUCGCCAAGCAAGAGCUUGAGUACUUGGGUCAUUUUGUCACGCUGAAAGGCAUUCGUCCCUUAGCGGACAAGAUCCAAGCCAUCGUGGAUUGGCUGGAAACCCGUUGCACGACGGAUGUACGCUCUUUCAUGGGUUUGGCUGGAUAUUAUCAGCGAUUCGUCGAGUCAUACUCGAAAGUGGCCGCUCCUUUCUCAAGACUUCAGUCCCCGAAGGUGCCCUUCGAGUUCGACGACGCAGCCCGUGGCGCGUUCACUACGUUCAAGGCAGCGAUGCAAGCCGCACCUGCCCUCCGUAUAUACGACCCCACCCUACCCACCCAAGUGACUACGGACGCUUCGGGAUACGGUAUUGGUGCGGUGUUGGAACAGUGUCACGAGGCCGGUUGGCAUCCGGUUGAGUAUUUCUCCCAAAAGGUGUCUCUCGUCAACACUCUUGACGACGCUAGGAAGAAAGAGCUACUCGCGUUCAUCACCAUUCUCAAACGGCGGCGCCACUUUCUUCUCGGCCGUCGGCGUUUCAAAUGGAAUACGGACAGCAAUCCGUUGACCUUUUAUAAAACGCAAGACACGGUCACUAGCACGAUCGGUCGAUGGAUGUAUUACAUCGACCAGUUCGAUUUUGACCCGUGCCACAUUCCCGGACCCGCAAAUCGAGCUGCGGAUGCUCUCUCACGACGGCCCGACUUUUGUGCCAUUGUGACCACGGCAUUCGACCUCGAUGACGAUCUGCAGCCGCAUUUCGUCAAAGGCUACAAGUCCGAUCCGACUUACUCUCAGCUUUACGCAGAGCUUUCAUCGGAUCACCCGCCGGCUAGCCACUAUCGGAUUUCCGACGGGUUCCUUCUCCUUCACACGAGAGGAAAGGACUUGUUAGUUGUGCCCCAAGAUCGCAUCUUACGGACUCGUCUUCUCGGCGAAUUCCACGACGCACGACUUUCGGCACACCUUGGCGUGAACCGCACACUAGCACGCCUCUGCCAACGUUUUCACUGGCCCGACGUCCUUCAUGACGUCACGAGGUACAUUGACUCAUGUGCAGUUUGCCACCGAAACAAGGGUCGAUCUCGAGUCCCCUUCGGCGAACUGAAACCGUUGCCGAUUCCUCGGGCACCAUGCCUCUCCGUUGCUAUGGACGUGACAGACCCGUUUCCCCGCGAUCGCCACGGCCAUGACGGUAUUCUCACGGUCGUUGACCGUUUGAGCAAGUAUGCUCGCUUCCUUCGUAGCAAGUAUUAUGUUGGAGCGCCUGAGCUCGCACGACUCUUGCACACCGGUUGGAUUACCAACCAAGGUGUUCCGGAAGACAUAGUGAGCGACCGAGAUACUCGUUUCAUGUCAGCCUUUUGGGCUUCCCUCAUGGCUGAGUCCGGUAUGACAAUGAAACCGAGCUCGGCUCGGCACCCGCAGACGGAUGGUCAGACGGAACGAGCGCACCAGACCGCUCAGAUGAUGUUGCGUACGCUCAUCCGUCCCGACCAGAAAGAUUGGGUUGACCGGCUUCCCGACAUCGAUUUCGCCUAUAACACUUCGAUGCACCCAGCGAUCUGCGUCACACCAUUCAUGUUACAUCAUGGUGGAGAGAAAGCACGGAUCUUCGCUGAUCUCCUUUUGCCACAGGCUGCCGACAAAGACGUCCCUUGCUCUCCCGCUUUCGUCCGGAAGUACCGGGACUUGCUGAUCAAAGCCCGCACAAAUAUGCAAAAGGCUCAGAUCCGCAUGCAGCAGCAAGCUAACYGACGUYGAYUUCCAUGUCCUUUCCGYGAGGGAGACCUUGUUUGGGUCCUCUCCGAGGAAUUUGCRCUCGAGCAGGACGUUUCGCGCAAACUCCUUCCGAAAUGGUUCGGACCAUGGGAAGUCACUUCUGCCGUUGGAGACGAUCCCRCAGGUSCUUCCUUCGUGAUCAACAUUCCACCGCACCUGACAGUGCAUCGGGUCUUCCACGCAUCGAAGCUGGCCAUCUACACGCCACCUUCAAAUGACGAGUUUCCCGGACGUCGAUCACAUGAUCCGCCCUCCAUGGACGGACAUCAGGAAGUGGACCGAGUCACGACGCACCGCAAGUAUGGCAACAAGCCAAGGCAAUACAAAGUCGCAUUCAAACAAUGUGCGCCUGAUGACACUCGGUGGAUCUCCAGUAUAGAUUUGCAGACUUCUGCACCCCUUAUCUUCGCCGACUAUGAGAAGCGACGCCUUGCUAAGGACGCAGCUCGUCCCGCCCGACCCACCCCUGAUGAUGCGCGUGUGGGUGAGGAGCCUGAGCAGCUCACUCCAGUUUGGCCCACGCUAUUACAGGAUAUUCCGUCAGACUUGUGGACGGAGGACUUCAUGGUGGGUAAAGAGGGUGCGUUCGCCAGCGGCAUUGGUGGACGUCAGCACGUUCGCGUGAGGGACAUGGCGGACUACAUGCGGAGGAAGGAGACUGAGGUAGAGCGUGAUGUGCUCAUUGACGCCGAGGAGGAGAGGCGCUUGGCGCGGGUGCUAUGCGGGGAGGGGGAUAGCGAUGGAGUUGGGGAUGACAAUGGAGGUGUCGAUGGCAAUCGAGAUAGUCACCUCGAUUUGCAUGCAUUGAUAUUCCAUGACUACUUGGAUAAGUUUAUCAUCGUGUAUCUCGAUGACAUACUUAUUUUUAGUAAGACUGUCGAGGAGCACGUUGCACAACUGGACAAAGUCCUCAGUCUCCUGCGACAACACACGUUCAAGAUCAACGGUGAGAAGUGCGAGUUCAGUCGCACCCGUGUCUUGUACUUGGGUCAUGAGAUUUCCACGGAAGGGUUGAAGCCCAAUGACGCGAAGGUGGCCAGCAUUCGUGACUGGCCGCGUCCUCAGUCUGUGAAUGAGAUGAGAUAUUUCUUAGGGAUGACCGGCUACUAUCGCAAUUUCGUGCAGAACUAUAGCAUAGUUUCCGCCCCUUUGACUGUUCUGACCCGCCUUGACACCCCAUGGGAGUGGACUGAGAGAUACGAGGCUGCAUUCAAACAUCUGAAGCAUGCGUUGACGCAUUACGAAGUCUUGAAACUUUCUGAUCUUGAUAAGCCAUUUAUAGUAACUACGGAUGCUAGCCAAUUUGGCAUAGGCGUCGUUCUUGCCCAACAGGAGGGGAAAAAGUUGAGGCCUGUCGAGUACAUGUCCAAAAAGAUGCCAUCUCAGAAGUUGGCAAAGUCCACCUGUGAGAAGGAACUUUAUGCGGUGUCCAAGGCUCUGACCCAUUGGAGACACUAUCUCCUUGGGAGGUUCUUCAUCCUCAGGACUGAUCAUCAGACCGUGAGAUGGAUGAAAACUCAGUCGGUACUCUCUGACGCUCUCAAGUGUUGGUUCGAAGUCAUAGAGCAGUAUGACUUCGAGCCCCAACACAUCAAGGGCGAGUACAACAAGGUUGUUGAUGCCUUGUCGCGUAGACCUGAUUUCUCAGGUGCGCUGAUCACUGAGUUUGGGAUUGCGGACAAUGUUACUCAGUCCAUGGUGGAAGCCUAUCGUGAGGAUUCGUUCAUGUUUGAGAUCAUCCGCAGACUCGAGGCGAAGGACAAAGUGACUUCUGUGGAGUUUGAGUUGGUCAACGGCUUACUGUUCCUUGAGAAGGCUGGGAAUAAACGUUUGUCUGUUCCUAAUAGGGAGUCUUUGGGUAGUUUAUUUUUAGGAGAAUGUCAUGAUGCCACCGGACAUGUUAUCUUCAACAAGACUGCAGCCAAUCUGUUGUAGCGGUUCUAGUGGCCCACGAU